ACGUGACCUGUCACGUGACAAACGACCAAACCGAGCAGGAAGUGUAGCUACAAGGCAAUUCGAUGUCAUAUUUUAGUCGUUCAUAAUUAAGCCGUGCACUCCUUGUUUAGCAAAAUGUCGAGUUCAAUGGAGCUGUGGACGGUCUGCUUGUCUCUGUUCAUAAACCAUGGAUUCGCCGGUAAAAUGAAGAUAGUCGAGGAGCCAAACACAUUUGGUUUGAACAAUCAUUUUAUGGCCCAGGGAAGCAGGCUACAACCCAAAGCGACCCCAUCGCCAGUGUCUGGCCCAGUGCAUCUUCAUCGGCUUGCUGGAAAGUGUUUCAGUCUCACAGAGUCGACGUAUAAAUAUGAAUUCUGUCCAUUUCACAACGUCACCCAGCAUGAACAGUCAUUUAGGUGGAACGCCUACAGUGGGAUACUGGGGAUCUGGCAGGAGUGGGAAAUGGCAAACAACACUUAUACAGGAAUGUGGAUGAGAGAUGGGGAUACUUGUGGAACCAGAAACAGAGAAACAAAGGUGAUUUUUGUCUGCAGUACAAGUAGCAAGCUUGCUCAAGUCUCAGAGCCCAGUACUUGUGUGUACUCACUAAUCUUUGAGACCCCACUUGUUUGCCAUCCACACUCUCUUUUGGUGUAUCCAACACUGACUGAGAAGCUGCAAGGAGAAUGGGAUGAAGCUGAGCAGGCUCGCUAUGAAGGUCUUAUUACUGAGCAGGGAUAUAAUAAUCUUUUGAGGGACAUUUUUGAAGAUGCUGGUCUCCUGAAAAGCCAAAAAGUGAAGGUCAAGUUGCCAGAGGUUGCAGUCAAUUCAGAAACACACAUCUCCUUGCAGAAAUGCACUGAGGACUUCGAAAAACAGAGUGAAGAGAUUGAGAGACUACGUGCUCUCCUCACUCAACACAAUAUUCCCUUUGAUUCAAAGCCAAAUGAAACUCAAGGUAUCAUGACUGUGACAGUGAAGGAUCAACACCCACGAGGAGACAAUGGCCUUAUCGAUCUGCAGUGAAAAUCACCUUGAGCUGGUCUUGACCUUGUGGCAUUUACAAGCAGCCGGAUGUAUUUCGUCAGUCAACGUGAGCAACAGAGACACUCACCGGACAAUAUUCCUGUCACUAGUGACGGAACUAAAGGUUAAUUUAAAUAGGUGACACUGAAAAAAUUGCCUUGUAUAUGGUUUUCAACCGUGGCGGAAUUUUUUCAAGAGAGGUUCGUACACUCAGCUGGCUCUCUCAUGGGUGUCAAACAAAAACUAAUCUUGUUAUAUGCUUCAAAUUCUGUAAGCAUGCAGCAUGUUGAGAAAUAAAAAAAAAGUAAUCAAAAUG